AUGUGGCUGAUCGUGUGCACCACUGAUCGCCAAUAUGCAGUAGUGAACGAAAAAAAUGUUGUUCGAGGGAAUGUGUCGUGCGGCUCCCGUGUCACAGUACACAUGGGUGAUGUCAAGAGAGAUGUUACCGUCAUAUUUAUUGGAAGGAACCGAGCGCAGUGUGAUCAGUACUGUCAGCGAUUGUCAAGAUACUGUGGCCCAGCAGUCACCAAAGAGAAGCCAGUCGAUAUCGCAUUCUUGGGUCUGCCGAAGAAGAGGAGAAUUUCUGGAGCUGAAGCUCAACUGAACGCAGCAUCACGCAGACGAAAACCUUAUGUGAAAGAGGUGCCUUCCGCUGCCAUUUCGUCUGAACACGAGGACGUCACUCCGUCAACUUCCUCAGAGCGUGACCAUGGCAAGAAGCAGAAUGGAGAUGUGGGCUUUAUUGUGCCGCAAAGUUUCUUUGCGGAGUUACUGCGAUCCCUCAAGAAUCUGCGUGGUGAAUGUCGCAGCCGGUUCGACCGUCUUGACGAUCAACUGGAUGAUUUGGCUGGUCGAGUAAGCGCUGUUGAAGAGAUCAUUCAAGAAGGCAACGCUUUCUUUUUGAAAGUGGACAACUCAAGCCCAUCGUCAUCUCAUCCGCAGCACGCUGGUGAUACGGGUAUCAACACACUGCUGGGAUCGCCCCUUAAUGGACAGACUUCGAAGCUACAGUACCCUUAUCCCCUACUGAGUGAGACAGAUGUGAUAAUGCUUCAGAAAGAAAGCAAGACGAUCACCUCUUUUGCAAGGAAGGUUGAUCGCGUACUCUUUGCUAAUGAUUCUGAUAAGGAUAGUCCGAUUGAUGCUCGUGCUGAUAAGGAG